UGCUCUGUCAGCGUUAAAUCCCGGCGAGUGGCACUGCGGUCCGCUGCUGCCUGGAGAUAGAUGGCACUGGGGCUGGAGCUGGGAGCAGAGCGCAUUUCCUGCAUACCUCCCCCUGUUGCCUCCUCUCCCCCACUUGGGGCUUGUGAGUGAGAGCGUCGCGCUAAAAGCAUGCUCUUCUCUCUCGCCUCUCUACCUCUGACACACACACACGCUCUGUCUCUCUCUCUCUCCCUUUUCUCCGUUACUCGUCCUCAGUCAAAGACAGGAGUCUCCGAAAGCAGCUGACGCUUUCCGUAAUUCCCACUAAGCAUCAUUUCAUUGACGGUUUUUUCUCUUCCCAUCUCUGUGUCUUCAAGUACUUUUUCCCCCCCCUAUGUUUUUUUUCUCUGAGCUGGAUUUCACAGCUGCUGAGGUGACUUUAGGCGUCUGGACGCAACAGAGGAGCGAUGGACGGAGGAAUUGGAAGAUAACUUUCCACUCUGCAACCAGCGUAAAACACUUAUGUCAUCAGAGGAGGAGUGUUUGUUUUGAGAGAGACUUCUGGAAAAAGAUUUGUGUUUAAUUUUUCAGCCAUUUCUGAUGGGAUGUGCGGGCAUUUUCACGGUGGGAGAUUUUUUCCAGCAAGUGGAAAGUUUGGGAUGCGGCAUGGCUGAUGGAACUGCAGCUGCCUACUGAAGCUCUUCCUCCAAUUCAGUCCAGUUUCUCCCACAUCCAGGAAUGACGACGGCAUCCAUGGAGCCCGUAGGAAUCCUGGUGGAAAGGGGCGCCAAUGCCACCGUCCCACCCGUGAGCUCUCACCAGGACGCCGCCGCUACCAUCACCAUGGGCACCAUCCUGUCCAUCAUGUGCUUCGUCGGCGUCUCGGGGAACAUUUACACCCUGGUGGUCAUGUGCCACUCCAUGAGGACCGCGGCGUCCAUGUACAUCUACAUCAUAAACCUAGCUCUGGCAGAUCUGCUGUAUCUUCUCACUACCCCCUUUGUGGUGUCCACUUACUUCCUGAAGGGCUGGUACUUCGGGGACGUGGGGUGUCGGAUACUGAUCAGCAUGGAUUUCCUGACCAUGCAUGCCAGCAUCUUCACGCUGACCGUCAUGAGCACGGAGCGAUACUUUGCGGUGCUCAAGCCCCUGGACACGGUCAAGCGGUCUAAAAGUUACCGGAAGGCUAUCGCGGUGCUGGUCUGGGUAGCCUCUCUAAUCCUCACCCUGCCUAUGAUUGUGACCAUUCAGCUUACAACAGCUAGAAAGAAGGCAAUGUGCCAGUCCACUUUAUCCCAGCAGUCUUACAAGAUUUACAUCUCUUUUCUGUUCUGCACGAGUAUCGUUGCUCCGGGCCUGAUCAUCGGGUAUCUCUACAUCCAGCUAGCACGGACUUACUGGAUAUCGCAAACAAAAAGCUUCAAGCAGACCAAGAAGCUACCUAAUCAAAAGGUGCUGUACCUGAUCUUCACCAUCGUGCUCCUCUUCUGGGCGUGCUUCUUGCCCUUUUGGAUCUGGCAGCUGCUCAACCAGUUCUGCCCCUCCUUGCCCCUCUCCGCCAAAGUCCAGCGCAACAUCAACUACCUGACCACAUGUCUGACGUACUCCAACAGCUGCAUCAACCCGUUCCUCUACACGCUGCUCACCAAGAACUACAAGGAGUACCUGAGGAAGCACAAGAAGUCGUGGUCGGCCGGCAGCUACUUCAACAGACGGAACCGUUUCCAGCGGUCGCCCCGCAGGUCGCCGUCCGCCAGCAGUCAGCAGUGCACCGAGAGCUUCAUGCUCACACACACGGUUUCCCUGCGCGCUCACAGCAGCAGCCUGUGCGAAUGAAACGAAGAGAAGAGGAAACAAACGGAGGGAGAAACAAGUGAGAGCWGACCGGAAACUCCUCGUGAUUUGAGAGAGAAGACGAUGAUGGCGGAAGCUAUUUGGGCCUUUUUACGCAGCGACUGAAUGGCGAUAAACUGUUGGCAUUUUUUGACUUUUUCACGUCUACGUCGGUCUUAAACUUCCUGGCGUAAAAAAAGAAAAGAGAAAAAAAACUGUUCUCUGUUUUGCUCUACCUUCAUCUUGUUUUAUAUCAUGUCAUCCUGCAUGCAGAAUUCUUCGAAACUCUUCCUAUAAUCGAGUUUGGAUUAUUGGGUUUGAAGCGCGGGUAAUGUAAGAAUUACGAGUCAGGAUUGAUUUUGUUGGAUAUACUUUUUUAUAUAAUUUUAAGAAGAAAGAACAUGGUGUGUACAUAGAUAUGUGUUUUGAAUUAUUUUUUGUCUUGUUGAAAAUAAACUAAGGGUCAAAAAUAAACUAAAA